UAUCUUCAGUCUCUAGCUGUACUCUGUCAGCUGUAAUAGAUCAUCCUCAGAGGAGAGCCAGCUGAUCAUGGAGGCUGAAUGGAACAGGAGGGGAACUUACGUUCACUUUGUAAAGAAGGAGCAUCUGAAGCUGGAUGAUUUGAGAAAGACAAAGGGCUUAAAUAACAAAUACCUCAUAAAAUAUGACGAAAUCCCAGAAUACCCACGACCAGAGAUCCAUGUGAGCCACCUGAAGCACGACACUGACAGACAGGGUUUGAACGGCAUCAAAUAUUCCGGAGGCUUCAAGGACCCGUUUGGAAAAGGCCUGGUGUGGUGGGGUCUGGUUGUUGGGGGGGAGGAACUCAGAUCAGCUGAGCAGCGCCUCCUCCAGGAAACAGAGCAGCAGGUCCAGGUUCAGCAGAGCUUCCUGGGGGAGUUUGCCUCCUCACCGGCCUUCAAGAAGAGCUCCAGGCUGGGAUCGUACCGCUUCACCUUCCCCCUUCAGGAGCUGCUAGAGGCCUACAGUCUGCAGUUUUGCGGCGGUGAGCAGCCCCUCAUGCGGGUGUAUGAGACCCACCUGUACAAACAGGAAGUGAUGUACGCUGUGCUGGUCCACAGUCCGGCCAAUCAGGAGCAGUUCUCUAAAUAUCCUCUUCUGAGCGACGACCCAAACGCUGUCUGCUGCUACAGAGAUGGCCGCUUCAUCUGGAGGCCUGAGGCCAUGUGUGAAACUCACAGCUACGAGUUGUUCCGGAACGAUGAGACUCAGCAGAUGGAGGCUCGGCCCUACGAGCCCAACUGGAAGGCCCCGUACUACGUCUGGGAUAAUGUGGGCAUCGCUCUGCAUGUGAAGGACAAGCUGCUGGAGUUCGAUCCGGUCCGACUGAGAGAGAAACUGAAGUUCUGCACAGGAGAAAUACUCAAAACACAGGUCCAGUUUGGAGUCAGGCUUCUCCACUCUAAGGUCCAGUUUGAUGAAUUCCCGUUAGCCGAGGAGAUUGUUCGGAGUCUUUGGCCUGAAGACCCCUCCCCACUGGAGAGAGAUGAAGACCCCUCCCCACUGGAGAGAGAUGAAGAGCAGGACAUUAAUAAAGCAGAAUAGAUCAGAGUUUAGAUAAGCACAUCCUGCCUUCACUGAACUAACAUUACAUUCAGAGUUGGAGCUAAAUAUUGGUUUAUCUUAUUUUACAAGUAAACAUUUAUUUUCUAGCCGUUUUUGUUUUAGUGAAUGAAUCAUUAUUUAUCGUAAUAAUUGUAGUUGCAGUAGUUUUGCUUUUAUUUUGAAGGAGGUGUGGGCUCCUGGUGAUUAGUAUAUAUUGAUCACAGGUGGUGGGGGGGGGACGCACCAGUUUGAGCAUAUGGUUUUCUACAAGGAGCGACAGCCAGAGAGGGAGAAAGGUGAAAAUCAUUGAUCUCUGUAUUUUAUUGGAAUACUACAAUAAACGGAUGAAAGGAU